AUGGAAUUGACCAAAAUGUCGGACAUGACAAAACUCCACCAAGCGGUGGCUGCAGGGGACUACAGCUCAGUGAAGAAGAUUUUGAAGAAAGGUCUCUGUGACCCAAACUACAAGGACAUGGACUGGAAUGACCGGACCCCACUUCACUGGGCGGCGAUCCGAGGACACAUGGAGGUUCUGCAGCUCCUGAUAGAACACGGAGCCAGACCCUGCCUGGUAACUGAUGUGGGCUGGACCCCAGCUCAUUUUGCAGCUGAGUCAGGCCAUCUGAACGUGCUCAAAACUCUCCACGCGUUGCACGCUGCCAUUGAUGCCCCCGACUUCUUUGGAGACACACCAAAGAGGAUCGCACAGAUCUACGGGCAGAAAGCCUGUGUGGCAUUCCUGGAGAAGGCGGAGCCCCAGUGCCGGGACCACCGCCGCGCCGCCAGCCAGAAGGGGCUGCGGCUGGAUCAGCGGGAUGAAGCCUGGGACGCCAAGAAGAGAGAGCUGGAGCUGUCUCUUCCUCCCUGGAAUCGAAACACGAAUAUGAAAAAGAGUAAGAAAAGGCGAAGUCCCCCCAGGCUCAGCAAUAUCAAGGAGCGGAGAGUGUGAGAAGGCGGGCAUCCCAGGGCCUGGAGCCGUGAUUUCCAGCGCGAGAGGCUCCCCGCGACGGCUUCUACCAGCAGCGGGGGCUGCAAGUCCUGCCUGGGCGCUCCCUCCACCGGCUGUUUCCUCCUUGUCAGUACUUGCUGUGCACCAGAAUGUCCAGAAAGGGACAAAUGUCAGCUGUUUGCAUUUUGUCAUCAAUGAUUUGCACAGUCAGCACCCCCUGAGCUCCCAUAGGCAAUUCUCGAAUUUCAGGGGCAGGGGGAGGGUAUAGCUCAGUGGUGGAGCUCAUGCUUAGCACACACAAGGUCCUGGGUUCAAUCCCCAGUGCCUAUGUUAAAAAAAAAUCAUAAAUAAAUAAACCUAAUUACCUCCCCCCACAAAAAAAUUAAAAAUUAAAAAAAUUAGAAUUUCAAGGGCAAAGAAAAAUCUCCUCCUAAGGAAACUUGAUUAUUUCAAUAAAAAAAGUAACAAAAUCUCAAAAAA